GGUGAGCGGAGGAGCCACGAAGGUCACUCUCUCCACUUGGCUGCCAGCAUUCAGAGGUUUGUGAUGUGUACCCUGCGUUCAGAAAGCUCCCCUAAAGAAGAAACUGUAAGGCUUUCCUGAGUGGCGGGCCGCAGCAGCGAAUGGGCGGCCCGAUCCUGAGUGACGUGACGGGAAAAGGGGGAGCUCGCGGCUGGUGGCAGCGGUGGCUACAGUGGCGACCUGGGGAUCGACCUGGAGGGGCCUGGGAAGCGUGCAGAGACCUCUAGAUCCAGCGCGAGGGACCUCCCGCCGGGAUGCCAGGGGAGCAGAUGGACCCGAGUGGAAGUCAGUUGGAUUCAGAUUUCUCUCAGCAAGAUACUCCUUGCCUGAUAAUUGAAGAUUCUCAGCCUGAGAGCCAGGUUCUGGAAGACAAUGCCGGCUCUCACUUCAGUGUGUUGUCUCGACACCUUCCCAAUCUGCAGAUACACAAAGAGAACCCCGUGUCGGACAUUGUGUCGAAUCCGGAAGAACCAGUGGCAGAAGAGCCAGAGGACAGUCAUAGCUCGUUCAAUGACCAUCUGAAAGAAAACAAGGCAGCAGACCCUGUGGAUGCUUCUCAUCUGGGUACGUGUGGUUCCAUCAGUCAGGUCAUAGAACAGUUACCUCAGCCACACAGGACAAGCAGUGUUCUGGGAGUGACAGCAGAAGCUGCUUCUCUUCCAGAGGAGGAGAAGGAGGAAGAUCUGGAAGAGGAGAAGGAAGAAGUGGGAGCGGACGCUCCUGGUGCUGCUGCGUGCUCCCUUGGUGCUGAAGAUUCUGCUUCAUCACAGUUGGGCUUUGGGGUUCUGGAACUGUCCCAGAGCCAGGAUGUUGAGGAACAUACAGUGCCAUAUGAUGUUGACCAAGAACAUGCGCAGUUGGUUACCGCCAACUCGGGUUCCACCGAGCUUUCUGAUGUGGAUGCGAAUACUGCAGUUAAAUGUGAAGAACAGUCCAUUGAAGAUACCUCCAUGGUAGAACAACCCAACAAAGACAUCCCUGUUACAAUACAGCCCAAUGAAGGUAUCCAUGUGGUAGAUGAGCAAAAUCUACCACCUGAAAGGUCAGAAGAUCUGCCUUCCAGUCCUCAAGCUUCUGUGGCAGCUGUGGAGACAAAGGAACAGGUGCCCGCCCCAGAGGCUCUGGGAGGGGCGCUGCAGGGUCAGCCGUCCUCCGAGCCCGAGGUCUCGUCAACUCAGGAAGACUUGUUUGAGCAGAGUGGAAAAACAGCUUCUGAUGGUUGUUCUACUCCUUCAAGGGAGGAAGGUGGGUGUUCUCCAGUUCCUACACCCGCCACCACCCUGCAGCUCCUGCAGCUGUCUGGUCAGAGGCCCCUUGUUCAGGACAGUCUUUCCACGAAUUCCUCAGAUCUUGUUGCUCCUUCCCCUGAUGCUUUCCGACCUACCCCUUUUAUCGUUCCUAGCAGUCCCACAGAGCAAGGAGGGAGAAAAGAUGAGCCUAUGGAUAUGUCAGUGAUGCCUGAAGAAGGAGGGCAGACUUUUCAGAAGCUUCAGGAUGACGAAGCAUUGGAGAUAGAAAAGCCCCUCCUCCCGCCUCAGCCUGCUGUGUCCCCGCAAGUGUCGACACCGGUGUCCCAGAGCACGCCUGUCUUCACUCCAGGCUCACUUCCCAUCCCAUCCCAGCCUGAGUUCUCUCACGACAUUUUCAUUCCAUCACCAAGUUUGGAAGAACGAUCAGAUGAUGGGAAGAAAGGCGGCGAUCUGCAGAGCUCAUCUUUGAUGGUUGAGUGUUCUAAGACUUCAGAGAGUGAACCAAAGAAUUUCACUGCCGACCUUGGGCUCUCCUUGACAGGGGAGUCUUGCAAACUGAUGCUUUCUACAAGUGACUACAGUCAGUCCUCAAAGAUGGAGGAGAGCGUGGGUUCUCCCAGGAUUGAGGGAGAUGGAGAAAACACACAGAUUGAGGAUACUGAACCGUUGUCUCCAGUUACCAAUUCUAAACUUCCUGCUGAAAGUGAUACUAUCCCAAUGAAUCUAGCACGAGAUGACCGAGUAGAGAUGAAUCAGAACGGUGACAAGACAAAAGGGGGUGACACAGAGAACAGAGGUGACCUUGGGGACCUUGGUGUUGUAGCUGCCGCCGCCGAGAGUAAAGGCAGAGAAGAAACUGUUGCUGAAGAUGUUUGCAUUGAUCUCACUUGUGAUUCCGGAAGUCAGGCGGUCCCGUCUCCAGCUACUCGGUCCGAGGCACUUUCUAGUGUCCUGGAUCAGGAGGAAGCGAUGGAGACUAAAGAACAGCACCCAGAGGAGGGGUUUUCGGGAUCUGAGGUAGAAGAAGUCCCCGAGACUCCCUGUGGAAGUCACAGAGAGGAGCCCAAGGAAGAGACGAUGGAAAGUAUCCCACUGCAUCUUUCUCUGACUGAAACUCAGUCCCAGGCAUUGUGUCUUCAGAAGGAACUCCCCAAAGAGGAAUGUCCAGAAGCUAUGGAAGUUGAAACUAGUAUGAUUAGUGUUGACUCCCCUCAGAAGCUGCCAGUACAUGACCAGGAGUUAGAGCAGAAGGAGCCAGAAACCUGGGAAGAAGCCACUUCCGAGGACUCCAGUGUUGUUAUUGUUGACGUGAAGGAGCCCUCGCCAAGAGUUGAUGUUCCCUGCGAACCUUUGGAGGGAGUGGACAAAUGCUCAGAUUCCCAGUCCUGGGAGGAUGUGGCUCCAGAGAUGGAUCCUUGCGCUGAAAACACGGUCAAUACUGUGGAGGAAAAGAAGGAAGAGUGUGACCAAGAUGUGAACGCAGAGAGCAUGGGAAAGGGCUCCGUAGAGGAAGACUCUCCACAGCCUCCUUUGCCUUCAGGGAGAGACGAACCUCCCAGACCCGACCAGGAGAUGCAGCAGCCCCAGCUUCAGGAGAAAGAGAGCCCAGUGCCCGUAGAUGCGCAAGGGGCUGAUGCCAAGCAGCUGGGGUCAGAGGGAGCGUCCGGGCAGCUUGUGAAGGCCCCUGCCUGCGCCUCCCAAAGUUUCUGUGAAAGUUCUAGUGAAACCCCAUUUCAUUUCACUUUACCUAAAGAAGGUGAUAUUAUCCCACCAUUGACUGGCGCGACCCCACCUUAUAUUGGGCACCUAAAAUUGGAUCCCAACAGACAUAGUACUCCUAUUGGGAUUAGCAACUAUCCAGAAAGCACCGUAGCAACCAGUGAUGUCAUGUCUGAAAGUAUGGUGGAGAUCAAUGAACCUCUACUUGGGAGUGAAAAAGGAGAUUCUGAGUCUGCCCCAGAAAUGGACGGAAAACUGUGUCUGAAAAUGAAAUUGGUUAGUCCCGAGACAGAGGCCAGUGAAGAGUCUUUGCAGUUUAGCCUGGAAAAGCCCGCUACUGCUGAGAGAGAAAAUGGAUCUGCUGCUGUUGCUGAGCCUGUUGCCAGUCCCCAGAAGACUGUGCCCGUGUUUAGCUGUAUCUGUGAAGCCCAGCAAGAGAAUGAAGAUCAGAGUGCGGAUCCUCCCUCUGCACCAAUCAGGGCAAACUUGCUCCAUUUUCCAAGUGUUCAAGAAGACGACAAAGAAAAACCGGAUGGUACUCCAGAGCUCAGGCAGAGUGAGCAGCCUGUGAGGCCCACUGGGCCUGUCAAGGAUGCCGCUGCUUCUGAGGACUCUGCUUCUUCUGUUUCCCAGCAGAAAGCCACACAGGGGUUGUUCAGCCCUCACGGAGAAGCGAUGGAAACAGACCUGCUGGAAGGGCUGAGUGCUAACCAGGAAAAACCGUGUAAGGUCUUGAUGGAAAGGCCCACCCAGAAUAACAUAGGAAUCCAGACCGUGGACCAUUCCCUGUGUGCCCCAGAAACUGUUUCAGCAGCAACCCAGACUGUGAAGAGUGUCUGUGAGCAGGGGACCAGUACAGUGGAGCAGAACUCUGGGAAACAAGAUGCCACUGUGCAGACUGAGAGGGGAAGUGCUGAGAAACAGGCCAGUGCUCCCGUGGAUGACACUGAGUCUCUCCACAGCCAGGGAGAGGAAGAAUUUGAAAUGCCCCAGCCUCCACACGGCCAUGUCCUGCAUCGUCACAUGAGAACGAUCCGUGAAGUCCGGACACUCGUUACCCGAGUCAUCACAGACGUUUACUACGUGGACGGGACGGAAGUGGAAAGGAAAGUAACUGAGGAGACGGAGGAACCAAUCGUAGAGUGUCAGGAAUGUGAAACAGAGGUUUCUCCUUCCCAGACUGGAGGCUCCUCUGGAGACCUGGGGGACAUCAGCUCCUUCUCCUCCAAAGCAUCCAGCUCACACCACACAUCAAGUGGGACAAGUCUCUCAGCCAUGCACAGCAGUGGCAGCUCAGGGCGAGGAGCCGGGCCACUCAAAGGGAAAACCAGCGGAACAGAAGCUGCAGAUUUUGCCUUACCCAGUUCCCGAGGAGGGCCAGGAAAACUGAGUCCUAGAAAAGGGAUCAGUCAGACAGGGGCACCAGUGUGUGAGGAAGAUGGUGAUGCAGGCCUUGGCAUCAGACAGGGAGGGAAGGCUCCAGUCACGCCUCGUGGGCGUGGUCGAAGGGGCCGCCCACCUUCUCGGACCACUGGAACCAGAGAAGCAGUUGUGUCUGGUCCGUUGGGCAUAGAAGACAUUUCACCUAGUAUGUCACCAGAUGACAAGUCCUUCACUCGAAUUGUGCCCCGUGUGCCAGACUCUACCAAACGAAUGGAUGCUGGUUCUAAUGCUUUGCGGCGGAGUGAUUCUCCAGAGAUUCCUUUUCAGGCUGCUACUGGUUCUUCUGAUGGCUUGGAUGCCUCAUCUCCAGGAAACAGCUUUGUGGGGCUCCGUGUUGUGGCCAAGUGGUCAUCCAAUGGCUACUUUUACUCUGGGAAAAUCACACGAGAUGUUGGAGCUGGGAAGUAUAAGCUGCUCUUUGAUGAUGGGUAUGAAUGUGAUGUGUUGGGCAAAGACAUUCUCCUGUGUGACCCCAUACCCUUGGACACUGAAGUGACAGCCCUCUCAGAAGAUGAAUAUUUCAGUGCAGGAGUGGUGAAAGGACACAGGAAGGAGUCUGGGGAGCUGUACUACAGCAUUGAAAAAGAAGGCCAGAGGAAGUGGUACAAGCGAAUGGCAGUCAUCUUAUCCUUGGAGCAAGGAAACAGACUAAGAGAGCAAUAUGGGCUUGGCCCAUAUGAAGCUGUCACACCCCUCACAAAGGCAGCAGAUAUCAGCUUAGAUAAUCUGGUGGAAGGAAAGCGGAAGCGGCGCAGUAACAUCAGCUCCCCAGCCACCCCCACUGCCUCCAGCAGCAGCAGCACAACACCCACCCGGAAAACCACGGAGAGUCCCCGUGCUUCCACGGGAGUUCCAUCAGGCAAAAGGAAACUCAUCACUUCUGAAGAGGAACGGUCCCCUGCUAAGCGAGGCCGCAAGUCUGCCACCGUGAAGCCUGGUACGGUGGGGGCAGGAGAAUUUGUCAGUCCCUGUGAGAGUGCAGACAAUACAGGUGAACCUUCUGUCCUGGAAGAGCCAAGAGGGCCUUUGCCCCUCAACAAGACCUUGUUUCUGGGCUAUGCCUUUCUCCUCACCAUGGCCACCACCAGUGACAAGCUGGCCAGCCGCUCUAAACUGCUAGAUGGGCCUACAGGGAGCAGUGAAGAGGAGGAGGAGUUUCUAGAAAUUCCUCCUUUCAACAAGCAGUAUACAGAAUGCCAGCUUCGAGCAGGAGCUGGAUAUAUCCUUGAAGACUUCAAUGAGGCCCAGUGUAACACCGCCUACCAGUGUCUCCUAAUUGCGGAUCAGCACUGUCGAACCCGGAAGUACUUCCUGUGCCUUGCCAGUGGAAUUCCUUGUGUGUCACACGUUUGGGUCCAUGACAGUUGCCAUGCCAACCAGCUUCAAAACUACCGUAAUUACCUGCUGCCUGCUGGGUACAGCCUUGAGGAGCAAAGAAUUCUGGAUUGGCAACCCCGUGAAAACCCUUUCCAGAAUCUGAAGGUCCUCCUGGUGUCAGAUCAACAGCAGAACUUCCUGGAGCUCUGGUCAGAGAUCCUCAUGACUGGAGGGGCAGCCUCCGUGAAGCAGCACCAUUCAAGUGCCCAUAACAAAGACAUUGCUUUGGGGGUAUUUGAUGUGGUGGUGACAGACCCCUCGUGCCCAGCCUCGGUGCUCAAGUGUGCUGAAGCCUUGCAGCUGCCUGUGGUGUCACAAGAGUGGGUGAUCCAGUGCCUCAUUGUUGGGGAGAGAAUUGGAUUCAAACAGCAUCCAAAAUACAAACAUGAUUAUGUUUCUCACUAAAGAUACUUGGUCUUACUGGUUUCAUCCCUGCUAUUGUGGAGAUUGUGUUUUGAUCAGGUUUUAAGUGUGUCUUGUGUGUAAUUGUGUUCUUUGCAUGGAUCUUGUACAUAGUUUUAUUUGCUGGACUUUUAUGAUAAAAUAAAUGUUGACUCUUUGGUUGUAGUAACUGAGAUUUCUUCAUCUGUUUCUUUGAGCUUAAGCUCAGAACGUGGUAACAGGAUCUGCUCGGAAGCUUUCCAGCUGGCUUGUCACUUUAGCAGUACAGCAAACAAAGGAGGAUAAAAAUGUAGCAAUGACAUUUAUUCUGUGGCACCACUGUCAAUGUCAAAAGGUUAUCCCAGGCUGUCAUUAUGCUUCUAAAAACUCAACGUACAGUGCGUGAGGGCCUAGAUAAACAGCAGUGCCAAAGCUGAACGGGAGUGGGGACAGCUCUGGGUGUCAAGACCAUCAAGACCUGAGCUUAGCAACAGCUGAUUUGUGGUACUCAGAGCUGAAUGGGAAAAUGACCAAUUGGUGUAUGAAUGGAUAGUGACUGACCAUAAACUUGAUAGGACAAUUUUCUGUAAAAUGUUAGUGUUAACUGUCACAACUGCUGGAAGCUAUUCCUUCCUCAAAUUCAACAUCUUCCCCGGCUUCUCAUUCUCUCAAUAAAGGCUACCAGUCUUUAUCUUUUCUAUAAAGAGCCAAACAGUAAAUACUUUAGGCUUUGUGGCCAUUUAGUCUGUCACAAUUUCUUGUCUUUUGCCGUCCAUGAGAUGAAAGCAAUCCUAGACAUUAGGUAAAUGAGUAUGUGUGGCUGUUUGAACAAUACUUUAU